GUUAAGACAUUAACUUAAGUGUGUGUCCAUGCGUGCUGUGAUGGCUUCAUUUGGACCAGACAUGACAAAUGCUCACUUGCACGUCUACCAAGACCACACACCACAGACCCCUACCACUUAAUGUCUUUGUCUGGGGUACGGGUACCAGUCAAGCGGGACAGCACGCGCCCCCUCAUAUAUGAUAUACUCCAAAAAGUUGGUGUACGCCACAAUCACCGAAUCAUAGCCCAUCGCCUUCAAUCUCUCGCCAUCCAAUGGCUCGUUCAAGGGCCCUCUGGCUCUCGCUCUUCCUCUCCCAUCCUCGUCGAAUAUACGGGCCCGACCCAGUCGAAGUCCCAGCUUCACCAUGAAGCCCCGAUUGUGGGCCUUGUGAUGGGUGUAGUCUUCACGAGAGGUUGUGUAGAAGCCCUUGCCUGCAAUGUAAGGCUGACACAAUGAUAUGUCCACGCCGCGAUGAUAGAUGUUCUUGGCAGACUUCUCAUCGGUCUGGUGGUAGGCGAUCAUUGCAAAUGGACACUUCUCGCAGAAGUGGUCUCCUUUGCCGCUCGGAUUGUUUGGACAUCUGUCGCUGCUCAGCUGCUUGUCGAGCUUUUCGCGCAGGUCAGCAAUUUUGCCCUCAAGGUGUGCCGUAGAGCCCUCCAGUUCCUUCUUGAGGCCCUUCAGAUGAGAAACCGAUGCAGAGGACGCUUGCUUUGCUGCCUUCAGGGCUUGAUUCUGUUGGCGGACAGCCUCCAGCUGCUGCUCGAGCUCGUUGUUGUGCUCUUCAAGGGCCUUGAGGUCCUGCACGAGCUGCCGUCUCUCCUCAGAUAGGCCCUUGAUAUCCUCGAUGUAUUCAUCCACAAAUCCACGAAGGACAGGCAGAGACUCGAGAAGCGACGUGGCUUCCUCCGUCAGGGCGGCGAUUUGCAAGUUGAGGGCAUCAUUCUCUGCUUGACAGACGUCUUUCUUUGCUUGCAGAUCCCCCAGUUCCUUCUCAUUCUGCUUGAGCUGCUGUUCGUU